UCCGUUCUCUGCCUAUAGAAAUGGCGAGCCGCGCCUCAAACAAACUUGACGGCAAAGUAGCCAUCAUUACCGGGGGCGCGAGUGGCAUCGGCGAGGAGACAGCGCAUCAAUUGGCAAAUCACGGCGCGUAUGUCGUGAUUGCGGACAUCCAAGACGAAAAGGGCCACGACCUCACGGCAUCAAUCGGAUCCCACCGGUGCACCUACAUCCAUUGUGAUGUCACGGAUGAGCAACAGGUGAAGUCCUUAGUGGAAUCGACUGUUCAAUCAAACGGUCGCCUAGACAUCUUGUUCAGCAAUGCAGGCAUACUAAAUAACGCCAAACAAGACAUCCUCGAGUUCGACAUACCUGCUUUUGAGAGCCUGCUUGCCGUCAAUGUUCGGGGAAUGGCUGCCUGCGUCAAGCACGGGGCGCGCGCCAUGGUGGCAGGGGGCAUAAAGGGAAGCAUAAUUUGCGCAGCGAGCCUCUUUGCCAGCAUUGGAAACGAGACUUACAUAGACUAUGUGAUGUCUAAGCAUGCCGUGCUGGGUCUGGUGAGGUCGGCAAGCAAGCAACUCGGAGCAUACGGUAUACGCGUGAACUGUGUCUCCCCUGGAGCAAUCGCAACGCCGUUACUCCGUGGAGUGUUCGGCGUGAGUGAGGAGGAAGGCGAGAGGAUGUUCGAGUCAAGUUCAAGCUUGAAAGGAGUGCUGAAAGCGAAGCAUGUGGCUGAUGCCGUGGUGUUCCUUGCUUCUGAAGAGGCCGAAUUCAUCAACGGCCACAAUCUGGCUGUCGAUGGGGGAUGGGCAGGAUAGGCUAUCCUGUGGCGGAGACUAGCAAUGAAAGUAGCAAACUCUGAAAUCGCCUGGGCUUGGUUUGCUACUGUAGCAAUACAAAUCUGGAGAAAUAAUGAAAUCUAGCUGAUGCUAUCUUAUUAGUGAAAGGAACGUU